CCACCACCUUGCUCUCAGCCACAGCUCCAAGAGCAGAAGCAGCGCCCAAAGAGACCAUCUCCUGCCACCAUGCACUACCUGAAGACAGGUCUCCUGAUAGCCUUCAUCCUGGGGCUUUCUCUUCCAAUUAUCCCAGCAGCGAGAGGCACGAACACCGGCAAGGAAUGUUGCAGUGACUACAUAAAGAAACCGAUAAAAUUCUGUAAGCUGGUGAGCUACCAAAAGACCUCCGUGGACUGCCUCAAGGAUGCUAUUGUGCUGAACACGAUCCAGAAUAAUACCAUCUGUGCCAAUCCCAACCAGCCCUGGGUGAAGUCGGCAGUCAAAUACUUGAAAAGAAGGAAAUCGAAAACCAGACCGGCCUCCCACAGCUGCUGAUUCCCCCCCAGGCCCCUUGCAGCGACUUCUGUCUUCAAGUGUCAGGAGAAACCGACUCUCCGGAGUCUCUCGUUCCUCUCUUCGGGCCGACGGGAACGGCGAACCAGAGGAGGGCAAGAGCCGAGGCCCGGCUGGGCAGGAAUAAGCCCUCCGGACUAUCACGCUGCCUGGAUUUGGAAGUGUUUUCCCUGCUCCUCUCCCUUUCGGUCAACCCGACCCUAGUAUUAAAGUCUUUCUCCCUAGAA